UGUCUUUAUUCUUAUUUCAGGGGAUCCAAACCUUGACGAGAAUCAGGUCAGACGCUACAGAACUGCCUUCACACGAGAGCAAAUCGGGCGCUUGGAAAAGGAGUUUCUCAAGGAAAACUACGUGUCCCGGCCCAAGAGAUGCGAACUCGCCGCUUCCUUGAACCUUCCAGAAGCUACAAUAAAGGUCUGGUUCCAGAACAGACGAAUGAAGGAUAAAAGACAGCGCAUGGCUUUAGCCUGGCCCUACGGAAUCGCAGACCCACAUCUAUACGCCUACCUCGCAGCAGCCGCCGCCUCAUACCCUUACGGCAUGCCUCCACCGCCGCCGUCGGCGCUAGGAUGCUAUGCUGCAUCCGGGGUGCCCAUUGGACGUUCUCCAAACAGCUUUCCACCUAAUCCACAACUUCAGAUGUCUCAAGCAAUCCGACAGUCACAAUCUUCCGAACUGAUCAGUAAUCUAACUAACGCAUAUUUAAGACCAAAUGGGUUAGGAGGAUUUGGAAUCAGCUCACCGUCAGCAAUGCAUCAUAGUUUUCCGGUAUCUUCCAACCCGUUGUUACGAUCUCCCUUGGACUCAGCGGCCAUGUCUCUGUUGGCGGCGCAAACGUCCUCGACCUUGAACCCCCAACACCUGACUUCUGCUCAUUUCAUGAACACUUUGGACUCCGCCCGACUAGCAGCAGUCCACUCGGCUUCGAACCCAGGAAUUCCAUUCACACAUUCAAGUUCGCUACCCCAACUUCAUCACUCAGGACUGACAUCCGUUGACACGCUAGUGAAGAGAGGCAGCCCUCACAUCCAUAUCCCUACAGCGACAAAACUUACGACCACACCACCAUCUUCAGUGUCGUUAUCGCCGCCUGUCCCCGCGCGGCCAAAGGGGCUUUUCAGACCAUUUCAAACAGACGCUGAUAGAAGUUGA